AUGCGGUUAUUUGCACCCGGAGACUUAAUUAUCACAUUGGAUGAAAGCUGUACUCGAGAGGGAAGUGAGCUUGAUGAGGAAGAUGACGAUGAAGAGGAAAGGUUAGAAAGACUCUUGACUCGCAAUAAACAAGGAGAGGUCAUAGGCAUCUCUUUUCCUGAGAAACUCAUUAUGAUGGCUAAUCAUCAGAUAUUGGUCGACUGGAUUUAUAUUUGGUUCUUGGCUUAUCUAUCCAAAGCUCAUGGUUCAUUAAAGAUCAUGCUUAAGCACAGUCUGAGUCUAAUACCUAUAUACGGAACGGGAAUGAAGUUUUUUGAAUUUAUUUUUCUGAAAAGAAAGUUAGAAUCUGACAAGGACACAGUCAUAACUAACCUAGAAAGAGCAAGAAAGAGGAAUAGGCCAAUGUGGCUAGUGUUAUUUCCGGAAGGAACAGUUAUCUCGGAUGAUACUCGUGCCAGAUCAAAGGCGUACGCGCAGAAAUUCAACAUGGAAGAUUAUAAAUUCACUUUGUUACCAAGGACAACUGGACUGUUGCUAUGUAAAGACACAUUAGGAGACAACGUCGAAUGGUUGUAUGAUCUUACGAUAGGAUACCCAGGAAUACCAGUGGGAGAGAAUCCAGAAGAUGCGUUAACCAUGAAACAUAUAUUCUGUGAUCGAAAGGGUCCACAUAAAAUCCAUAUUCACAUACGUCGAUACCGCAUUGAUUCUUUACCAUCAGACCCAGAGCGUUUCACACCGUGGCUGUUUGAACGAUGGGCAGAGAAGGAUAAGAGACUUGUAUAUUAUAAUGAAACAGGCAAAUUUCCAGAAGAACCAGUUAUUGAAGACGAAGACGAAUUGUUGUAUAGAAGAGAUCGCACAGUGAAAGUGCCUCUCAAGUUACGACAUACAAUCAGAGAAUGCUUUGGUUAUUGGCUUUAUUUUAUAUUCUAUUUGCCUUUAGUCUUGGUUCUUGUCAUUCUUAUCAAGACAGCUUAUGAAUAUGCUUAUCAGCUCUUUGUAUAA